GUUAGUGAGUCAUAACGAGUUUUCUGCUGACUGUUCCGUAUUUUCCAUAUAAAAUCUUGUCUGGUGCUAAAUUUUUAAAGAUUAAAAUGGAUCAAACAGCAUUUCAAGCCGUUUCUAAACUUGAACUGAAACUUGAGCAGAACCGAAAGCAGAAGAAAAAAUUAAAACAUGAACUAGGUGCUGGCCGGCCGUGUUUAAUUUGUAAGGAGAAAUGUGUUGGUGGAUUAAAUCUUCAUUUCUGGAGAAAGAUUUGCAUCAAUUGUAAAUGUCGAAAAGAAAAUCAUGAUCUUAGACCAGAAGACUACGAUGAACAGCUGGAAGUUUUUGAAAUUCUCGGUGUUAAAAUUCCCGAUCAUAAAAAUCUUUUUAAGUAUUCUACGAAGAAUCAAAAAAUUCCAACGACACAACAAGUUGAUUGGGUGCCACCAGUAUUGUCUACUAAUGAUGAUAAUGCUUCAAAAAGAGUUGAGAAGGUAACUCAGCAGUAUUUCGAAGAUCUCGGCGAGGAGGCAAUUCCUUUCAAAGAUUCUGAAGCUGCAAUUAAACGAAAAGAACUUGCAUCAAUGCAGAUUCCACCACAUGAUUUUGCACCAGAGAAAUGUGACAAUUUGUCUGAGUUUGAAGCUCAACAGUUGAAGAAAUAUGUUGACAAUGUCAAGAAGAAUUAUUUCGGACAAGGACAAGUCGACAUAGCGGAGCCUAAAGCAGUGUCAAAAAAUCCAUUCAAAGCUCAAGGAAACUUCGUUCCACCUUAUCGUGCUGGACAUGACUUGAAUGCCAUCAACAAUAAUUUAGCGAACAACAUGCAAAACUUAACCAUUGAUGACACCCAGUUGAUCACUCUUCCGUGUCGCGCUUGCGUUGAACCAAUCACUUCGGCAUACGUUAAAGCAGAAAGAUUGGGAAAAGAUGCCCAGUGGCAUCCAAAGUGCUUUAAAUGCAAGAAAUGUUCACAACUUCUUGUCGAUCUCAUUUAUUUUCAUUUUGACAACGAAAUUUAUUGUGGACGUGAUCUUGCUGAAUUGAUGAAAAUUCCUCGCUGUGCUGCUUGUGAUGAGUUGAUUCUGGUUCCUGAGUAUACGUUUGCAGAUGAAAGGAAUUAUCAUAUUAAACAUUUCUGUUGCUUCCAUUGUGAUGUUCAACUUGCUGGUCAACAAUAUGUUUCAGAUGACACACCCAACAACAAUCCUGUGUGCUUGAAGUGCUACGAUCAUUAUUAUGCCAAUGUUUGUAGUUGUUGCACCAAAAUAAUUGCACCAACUGAACAAGGAGUUUCAUUAAAAGACAUUCAUUUCCACAUGAAUUGCUUCAACUGUGGCUAUUGCCAGAAGAAGUUAAUCGGUGGAAGGUUCUGCUUAAGAGAUCGCAUUCCAUUCUGUUCAGCCGCUUGCGUUAACAGUGCCAACAUGUAAUUUUCAUCAGUAUUAAUUCUUAUUAUUCAUUCCUAAAGGAAAUAAAAACAGUUUUAAUGUCUACUUUUUAAUAAAAAAAGAAAAUUUAAUAUUAGAUUAUUUAAUGAAUGUAUUCCGGAAAUAGCCAUUAGAUUAUUUUUAUGUAUGAAUUUCAAAUCAUUGUUCAAAUGUUAAUAAAAUAAAGAACUCGAAGGAAAGCUCAUGAAUUUAUAU